AUGGGAGCGCACGUUUUGGAGUCCAACUCCAGCGGAAACUUGACCCCUGCGGCGUCCGAGCCAGGGACUAUCUUCCCGGGUUAUCUGGUGGUGAUCCUGGCCGUGCUCAUGGUGACUCUGGUGGUUGUGGUGGUGGCGGGGAACGCGCUGGUCAUCAUGGCUUUUAUUGUGGAUAAAACCCUGAGAACUCAAAGCAACUACUUCUUUCUGAACCUUGCCAUAUCAGAUUUUCUCGUGGGUGCCUUCUGCAUCCCAGUUUACAUCCCAUACAACCUGACCGGCCGCUGGAUGCUGGGCAAAGGGCUCUGCAAGGUGUGGCUGGUAAUGGACUACCUGCUCUGCACCGCCUCAGUCUUCAACAUUGUGCUCAUUAGUUACGAUCGUUUCCUGUCAGUCACCAGAGCAGUCAAAUACCGAGCACAGAGGAACAUGACCCAACAAGCAGUGCUCAAGAUGGUGGCCGUUUGGGUGCUGGCCUUCCUUCUGUAUGGCCCUGCCAUCAUCUUCUGGGAGACUGUGGUGGGGCAGAGUGUGGUUCCGUCUCACGAGUGCUACGCUGAGUUUUACUUCACCUGGUAUUUCCUCCUCAGCGCAUCCACCUUUGAGUUCUUCGCUCCUUUUAUAUCUGUGGCGUUCUUCAACCUCAGCAUCUACUUGAACAUCCACCGCAGGAACAAGAACAACAGUGCCUGCUCCGAGGAGGAGCCAAAGCCAGAGCCCAGGGUCCGGAAGCACAAAGAAGCUGUGGCGUGGUCCGUGUUUUUUGUAAAAACUCGUAAAGUUUCCUCCAGUGAGCCCACAGCCAUCUCAGCAGCCAUUGGGCAUGAUGACGUUCUAUCGCCCUCCUCCAGUGGCGAGCCCUCCACCUCUCAGAUAUUCUUACAAAGUGAGAGUGGGGAAUGUGUCGAGGACUAUUGGUAUGAAAUGACGUUUUGGCUGCUCUGGCUGAACUCAGCCAUUAACCCCUUCCUGUACCCUCUGUGCCACAGCAGCUUUCGAAGGGCUUUCUCCAAAAUCCUGUGCCCCAAGAGACAAUCAGUUCAGCCUCAAAUCGAGAUACAAUCCUGUUAG